UUUUUUUAUUUUUUUCCUCCCCUUUCCUCCCGGCCCCUAUCCCACCCUUCCCGAGCCCGGCCAGCUGCUCAAUCCCCUAUGGCUGCGCCCUCUCUCCCAGAUUGCUUAGCGCCAGCGUCGGCUGGCCACGAUUCGAUUUCUUCCAAGCGAAUCUUAAGGAGCUCAAGAACCAGCAGGCCGAUCCCCUCCGCCUCUACCUUCCGCCUCUACCUGCGCCAAAAAUUUUACCUCGUAGAUCGGGAAGGUGGCCGGCCGCCCGCGGAUGCCCGCCUCUAGAGCCAUGUCUCGGCGAUGUUGCCUCAGAGAAAGCGCAUCAGGCGCAACAUCUAGCCACGACGGAACGCCCCAAGGAGCCAGCGAUCUUGGAGGCCUCACACCACUUCUGACGGGGUUACCGUCACCGGAACCUGGACCGCCCGUACCCCGUCCGGGCGAAUUCUCAUCUAAACCAAGUAGAGGCCGCACCUCCUGUGGGGCGAGCUCGCCAUCACCUGAACCACAUGGAGGCCGCACCUCCUGCCAACGGGUUCUCUCUAGAACUAUGCGGUGUCUUGACCAGCGUAGUCCCGCGUGUUUCGAUGAACAAGAAGCAGCCCAGACCGCUCUGUCAUGCGUCUGAUUCGUGUAUUGCAAUCUUUCUGGUUUUCUUCAUAGCCGCUCACCAGUGAACAGGAUGUGGUCAAUUGGAGAGGGAGAACCAGAGGCUGUGCCAGAUGGCUUUGAGCACUGCAGCUCCAAAAUAAGUCAAGAAAUCUGAAGCGGCUCUAGCAUUUACACACACCUACAGAGAGCUUGGGAUUAUUAGUUCUUACUAGAUUUCAACUUAACCAUUGUUAUGGAUGGUGAAACAAUCAAGAGUUGACAGAGAGGGAGUAUUGAACUGCAUACCAGAGACGAUGUGCUACUUUGAAGCUGCAGCAGCUAGAACUCGAGAUGCUAAAUUGGAGAUUUUUCUCCAAUGAUUAAAGCCUCGUGGUGGAAGACUGAGCUAUUGAGGGCAAUGAGUUGACAGACUUUUUAUUUACUCAAUGCGGUGGAAGAUUGGAUCAGGGAUAUAUUUACAUUUUCGAAAAACAAUUUUGCUUUGUCUGUUCUUAAUUAUACAUGUUUCCAUGAGGUGAUAGACUUUUUCAUAGUUCAACCAACUACUCAUUUUGUCUAAAUUUUCAAUUUCAGAUUGGUGUUUGCUCGGUAGUUCGAAUCCACAAUUUGUUUGCCUCCACGCCUACUACUAUCCAUCGAGAAGUGCAGAAUUUUCUUGAAGACAAAUGAAAACCACAUGUGUCUAAUAUGGAUGGAGGAACACAUUGACGUUACUAUGGCCAACUUUUUUCCCGAUGCAACGCACGGGCACUUCUGCUAGUAAUAAUAAAGGAGCUAAGGUUUCUGCCAAAAUUUUCGUCCAACUUUUCAUUGGACCGUUUUGCCCUCCCACCAAACCGCAUAAUACACCAAAAUACCCUGAUACCGGUUCGUUUUCUAUUUUUUGGAUCCUCUCCUCCGCAUAGCCUCCGCCCGUACCUACCGCCGCGCAGAAUGCCAUGUACGGGUUCAUACUGAAAAGUACUCGGUCGACCGGAUAAGCCAGCCAGGCAGGUGCUCCUCUCCGACCAAUUCGUCGACUUUGAGGACGACAUGGACGGCGCCGCGGCAGAUCCAAAGCUCUCCGCCCCUCAAGCUCCAUGUCCUCCCGCGGUCGAUUCCCUGUCCCUGUCCCGAGGCGCCCGGUGCUGACGAGAUGGCACAAGAAAAUUGAUUGGAGACGCUCCGUCUGGAUGCAGACCUAGGGAGAACGCGGAUGAGGACCUGGUGAUUUACUCGCAGGGCUCCGGACAGCGGAGUCGCGGGAGCAAUCGGCCUCAGGUGCGCAUCCAGCUGCCCCCUAGAACUUGAGCCAGGAGAGGAGCAUCUAACAGUGGAAGGGGGAUUGGUUAGCUGAAUCAACUGGGAACCAUCUGGAGAAAAAGAAAAGAACACGUCGGCCCACAGAAAAUAGAGUGGCUAAAUCCUUACAGUGCAGCGGCCCAUUAAAUUUAAAACAGACCAUCAGCUCAUGGGUUCAGCAUUUCAGGUGCUAACAAUAAAAAUCAGGGACUAGGGUUUAGUCCCACCCUGCCCGCUUAUGUCCAAUAUUACCGGUUUAUAUACGGUGGUAAGUGGUUCUACCGGAAGGUGGUCCUCUCGCAGGCCCGGCCCAUACUUUUUUGAGGCCCCGGUGCAAAAUGACCGAAAGGGCCCUUAUUCACGCACACAACCAUCACUUUUCGUUUUGCCUAUGGGAAUCUUGACUCCUUGAGCUGAAUAACAGAUCAAAAGGGAGCUAUUUAACACUGGAUUGAGGUCCGAGUCUCUAAGAGCAAUGGUAAGGGUGGAUUUUUUACCUAUCAGAUCCCAAAAGGCUAUUUGAUCGGGAAAACAUAGAACCGUUGAGAAUUAACGGGAGAAGUCUGGGAAACGAAUGGAGGCAUAGACACGCAUCUUUAACCUCCAUUAAUGGCUGAUGGCAACCUCGGAUUUGGAGAAGGAGGAAUCCAUGAAACGAGGAGAUGGGAGUGGUCCAGAGGACAGAGGAACGAUUCCUAGAUCGAUUGAUCUCCGCUCCUGUCCCGUACAAGCUGGUCCGGGUGGGCUGGACAUCAGCACAUGGGCCUUUAUCUCAUUUAGGGCGCUAAAAAAUCAGAAAUUUCAAAUACUACAAAUAGACUACUAGCUGGGACGGGCCCCUAGCUUGCCGGGGCCCAGUGCGGGCGCACUGUUUGCCCGGCCUAUGGGCCGGCCCUGUCCUCUCGUCGUCCCCGUCGCGCCCCGGCAGCUACGCCGUCAUGCUCAUCACGGAGUGGAGGACUGGCGCCCCGGUCUUCGCAUCGGCGGAUGACCCCGUGUGGAGGCUGGCCCCUUCGCCAGACGGCGUCGAGGACGCCAUCCACCACGACGGCCAGUUCUACUCGGUCUCCUACACGGGGGUGGUGGAGGCGUGGGAGCGCGACGCGGACUCCGGCGCAUACACUAGCACGCCCAUCGCGCCAAGGCUGGCCGUUGAAGAACACAAAGGAGAAAGCGGAGCGCCGUCAUGCCGCAAGUACCUCGCUGUCUCGCCUGGCGGGCGGAUGAUGGUGGUGAUCAAGUACCCCGAGGUGGUUAAGGAGCGCUACGGCAGCGACAAGUGGUCGUGCUCGUUCAAGGUGUCCAUGUUCUCGGCGACGACGGGCACUGGAAGGAGACGAGCGACAUUGGCGAACUCGCGCUAUUCGUCGGGGUGAAUACUUCAUUGUGCGUGCCGACGAUAGGGCACCCGCAGAUCAAGGCCUGCUGCAUCUACUAUACCGACGACGAGCUCGGCCCCGCGGAGCUGCGCAAGCACAGCGGUCGGGAUAACUCUGAUCUACGGACCGUCGGGGUGUACAGUCUCAAGGACGGCACGGUGGAGAAUAUCAAGGCGCUCGGGAAGGAGCAGCGAAGCUUCUACCCGCCGCCGGCGUGGAUCACGCCUUCGAUCCCAUGAGAGCUAGGCCUGCUUUGGACUGGAUUUUUCUUUAAGAUAUCGCUAGCAGGUUCAAGUUAAAUAAAUUGUAAUUUACCAAAUUGCAAAUGUGUGCGCGCGCCUACCACGAUCACAAUCAUCAGGACGACACCCUCGAUCUCUGCUGAUGGCUAGUAACAUGAUAUUUCUAAUGUGUGUAGCACUUUAAGCCCUGACUAAUGGCUGCCUGGUAAACUCUCAGUCAAUUAAAAGGUACAAUUUGUAUUGGUUGUAGCAUAAUAUGCAGAUCCCACUUCCAAACAGGCUAGAUCGCAUUCAUAUAAAUGUGUUAUUUACAGUAGAGUUAUGAACUUAUGAUAGGUACCUUAUGUAAGUAAUAACCAUCCAGUUGACUGAGUAUCAGCAAACAGACCAAGAAAUCAUCAAAGAACCGCUCCGUGCCUUGCCUUGAAGAUAUGUUGCCUAAUUAUUCAGUGUAUUAUGGGAUUAUGGGCUGUCGGUUAUAAUUUCACGGUGCAUAAUUGAAGGAAAGAAGAAGGUGCACGCUCGUACCAAGUUACAGACCAAAUUGUGGGCAUACCUAAAAAUAAACUCGUCCGGUGCAUGCACAACUUGGUCAGCCUGACGUCACCGGUCCAUUAAGUGAAAAAAAUCUGCCAACUUGCACCCGAGCGCACCAUAACAAAAAAAAGGGAACUGCUGGGCGUCCCCAGGAUCUGAUUUCCCAGCCGUCGGAUCGGGCUAUAUUGGACGGUCAGAGAUCUGCUUCUACUGAAUGCAUCAAAAAUAUAACCCGCUUUUGCUACAUUGUAGCAAAAAACGGUUCAGUUACGAAAUCAAAUAAAAAGGCUGAGCUCGUAGCAAUUUUUUUAAAUUAAAGUAGCAAAACAACAAAACAAUUAUAGCAAAAAAUAAUAGCAUCACAUCGUGAUAAUAUGUUUGCUACGUUGUCUCCGGCGAUGUCUCUGGCGAUUUUCAUCUUUGCUACAUUAUCACAUUUUUUUGCUAUGCGGUCUCCGGAGAGGUCUCCAGCGAGCCCAGCCUUUUUAUUUUUCUUUUUCUGAACGAACCGUUUUUUGCUUCAGUCAUUUGCUGCCGGGGGUGAUUUUUUGCUGCCGAAGGUUUUUUUUGCUACAUGCAAAUCUAACCAUCAAAAUGGUUGAUCCGGCGGCUGGGGAUCCGGGGGCUACAAAUCAUUUUCCAAAAAAAAAAUCUUAGCCAAGCAACUUUGACGGCCGGAAAGCCUUAAGGAAAACACUUACUAACUUUGAAGCCUUUGACACAUAAACUACGAAUUCCUCCAAUGCGUGUGAGCACGCAGUCCCGAAACUAUCCACAAUACUUAUUUCUUUUAAGACAGGAAAUAUGUUCGUGCGUUGUAACAGAUUUAGACUUGAACAAAAAAAUAGUCUUGUCAACAUGGGAAACAUAUUAAUAUAAUUUAUCAAUCAAAAACAUAUUGGAUUCUAUCUUUUUUUAUCUAUACCUUUGAAAACAUGAAAUAAUAUAAGUUAUUUGCCACCCGAUUUUUCUCUUUGGCUUUCCAAGACGAAAGGAUACAAAAAAAAAAAAAAAAUUCUUGGACCUUUCUCACCAUAUGGAUAUCAUAUAUUAUCGAGAGAAGAUCUUAGUCGGGUUAGUUUGUGUCUUGCAAAAUCUUGAGUAACACUCAUUCUAGCAGAUUCUCACCUCGAUUCAACUCAAAAUUAACCCUCAAGAUAAUGUGCUCCUUGUGUCUUAAAUUAAAUGUCUCCACGUGCACCGCAAUGCGGUUCCUGAAACCCAAAAUCAAUUUAUGCUCCAUCCAGGCUACCAGGCCCACGCCCAUGGCUUCAUGGUUUGACAUCUCACAUCGCCCUUUGCUGAAGGUUGAGAUCAGCUUGUGCUACACGCCUGCACCUCGGCCGUUUCGAUGACCGCCAGGCCACGAUGCCGCAGGACACAUUGAUAUUUCUCCCGGUGCAACGCACGGGCAUUUUUACCGGUUUGUAUCUUAUUUUUUUCGAGAUGGUUGUUGUUGCCUUCGCGCGUGGUCGGGAAACUAGGAGCUACGGAGCGCUCCGAUCGCGCUGGGCCAGGUAGCGGGUUGCAAGGACGAGUCCAUAUAUGAUUUCGUUCCUGACCCGGUGAUCCCUAUUUCUAGGCGGAUUGUUUCCUACCGUUGUAAAUAGUCCCACAUGGCUCUGCUAUGCCAAGUUCCACCGAUUUAUAUGCGCAAAAUUUCUGGAUUAUAGCAAGCCGCCUUAGAAACAACAAAUCAGCCUAUAUCGGAAAUCGGAAAGGAGGAAUCAGAGCAUCUCCAGCCGCGUCCCCCAAAGGGAUUUGGGGUGCGCCGGGCAGAAAAUACGUUCCAGCCGCAUCCCCCAAAGCCCUUUUUUGUCCGGCGCGCCCCCAUUCGGUGUCCGGCGCCCCGAGCCCGUCCCCGUCCCACAGGGGACGCACCGGGGACGCCGGACACAACGAAAAGCGAGACGGGGAGUGGCGGGGCCGACCCGUCAGCGGCACAGGGAAAAUUCGUCUCCCGCUCCCGCCAAAUCCCGCCGCUCCCGCCAAAUCGCGCCUAUACCGCCGCGCAUUUCAGGCCUCCCAAAACAUAUCCCGCCGCCGAUUCACUUCUCCUAUCCCGCCGUCCACCCGUCGUCCACCCGCCGGCGCCACCCUCUCCACAUGGCGCCGCCGACAGCCCCCAAAAAGAUGGCGAAGAAAGCGGCCAAGAAGCCACCGGGCAAUGGGACGAAAGGGGCGACAGCGCCGUUCGCGAGGCCGCGGAAGGCACCGGCUUUGAAGAAGAAGCCUGAAGGAUGGACCGACGAUGAAUGGCAGCAAGAUUGCCUGCGCCGGAAGCUAUCGACGGCGGAGCGGAAAGGACGGAGGGCGGUGGAGCUGGAGAAGAAGGCUCUGGCGGCGCGCCAGCAACAACACAUACUGGCCGGGUGUAUCGCCGCCACCAACGCGAGCCCAUAUAGUACGAACGUGCCGGUGUACGUUCCGGGAGUCUUCUCUCCGUCGUCAUCCGCCUUCUACAACGACGGCCCCUCCGGCACUCCUGGGUGCGUGACGCCUAACUUGUCGCCGCACUACCAGGAUGCGCUGCCGCACGGCGGCUUCAACCCCAACAACCUCUACUCCCCGGCGUACGAGCAGCACGAGCCAGGACCCGGUCCGGACGGCGCCCCUUUCACCGGCCGCAGGGGUCCGCUCGAAUACGACGGCGCCGGUGCUGAGGAGGACGGCGGUGUUGAGGAGGAGGACGACGAGGAAGAGGACGACGAGGAGGACGACGAUGAGGAUGAAGAGGGCGGCGAGGAAGAGGACGACGAGGGUGCCGGUGACGAUGAUCUCGUAGAGGUAGACGCGGACGGCGUGAGGACGAAGAAGAAGAAGAAGGCGUCGGGCACACGGGGCCCGAAGUGGACGCCUCUGGAAGAUCUUUGUCUAUGCGAGUCAUGGGCGACGGUGAGCCAUGACUUCAUCAUCGGCGCCAACCAAAAAGGCGGGAAGUAUUGGGCGAGGAUCAAGGCCGAGUUCGAUGAGCGCAAGCUCAUCAACAGCGACUACAACAAAGUGACAAUGAAGAGGAGCCAGAAGGCAAUGUCGACGCGAUGGGCCAUCAUCCAGGCGUCGGUGAACUCCUUCCAUGGGUACCAUCAGGACUUAGAGACCAGAGGCGACAGCGGCGCCGACGUCGCCCAACUGGUACGACUCUUUCUUCCAUAA